GAUGAUGAAUGACGAUGAUGAUGAUUUAAAAAUAAUCUUAUAGGUUGUCAUCGUAUCGUGUACUGUUGUGGUUCCAUGGCAUGAGAGCCGUAUAUCAAAUCAUCUCAUUCAUUUAUUCAAUUCUUACCCUAUGUUCAAUUCACACCACACACUCAUAUACAAACUAUUUCGUGUCCUCUCCUUGAAGGGACCAGAAACAUCCAUUUAGCCCCUUCAGCCUCGCAUGGACUCCAACGAUGAUCUACCUUUCAGCCUUGUCUCUGAUUAUAGCAGCAACAUUGAUUAUUAUCACCACUGCCUUUCUUCGACUUCUCUAUCUGUUUUCUCCAAAUGCUCGGCGACCCCCAGUCAAAAGUAAAGAUGAGCCUUCUCAUAUGGUGGUAGUUCUUGGGUCUGGUGGUCAUACUGCAGAGAUGGUAUCUCUUCUUCGCGAUACAGAUGCGGCACGAUACAAACACCGGACAUAUAUAAUAUCUGCGGGAGAUAACUUUUCUUCUACCAAGGCUCAGGACUGCGAGGAGCGUAUACAAUCGAAGCUUCGACCUUCUUCACCGUGUACCAAAUCUGGCGAGUUUGAUGCUACCACGGGGAUCUGGGACCUCAUAGUUGUUCCAAGAGCGAGGGAGAUACAUCAACCACUUUACACUGCGCCCAUAUCAUCCUUCUGGUGUAUGCUGGGAUGUCUCAAGGCACUACACAAAAUCUCGAUGACCAGUACAAUACACCAGCAAUAUCCAGAUAUCAUCAUUACAAACGGUCCUGCUACUGCUGUUCUUGUGGUCAUGGCAAGCUUCCUGUUGAAAUUUCUUGGGGUAGCUCCAUUAUGGAAGAUGCAAACGAUUUACGUGGAAAGCUGGGCAAGGGUGAAGACAUUGAGUUUAAGUGGUAAAGUUUUGUUGUGGCUAGGUAUUUAUGAUCGAUUCCUCGUUCAAUGGGAAGGCCUUGCUAAACAGAUAAACGGGGACAAUGCUCAGAAAAGGGUCGAAUGGAGGGGCUUUUUGGUACACUAGCAGAACGCCAAAAUACCAUCAGUAAAAUGCUAUUCCUCCAAAUUGAGGAAUCUCAAUUCUGAGUGGUACCACUGGCCUAGACAAUCACUACACAAAGCAAUAUCAGUGACCUACUAGUCCUACCACAUCUAUCAAUGAUAUUUAAUAAAUCCUUGAAACGGCA